AUGAGGUGGGAAGGGGAGGAGCCCGGCGUGGCAGCGAGGAAAGCGCAGGCGAGUCUGGCAAACGGCAGGAUGUUUCUACUGAGGUACCUUACCCAAGGUAUGAAGGAAGAACCUAAAGUGGAAGGGAAGGACGAGAGAGAAAUGGAAGCCAGGAAGGAAUCUAAAAAAGUCGCCGGUCGGAGCCUGGAUAUGCGGGCCACGGCACAGGAUACGUACCUGCCCUGGGGCGAUGUCGUAGGUACGUACUCCGUACUCACAGAAAAUGGGAAAAUGGAAGGUACCCUACCUAGUCGGUCUCCAUUGCCCAACGCGAUCAAGGUUCAUUUCAUCCUGAAAGCCAAGCCAAAAGAAACCCACAAAAUGCUAAGAACAAAGUUCGUCCACCUCCUCAACUUCGAACAAGACAGUGGGGACAAGCCUUCCCAGGAAACGAGGACGUCUGUCAGUUGCUUGGUCGCUCUGGCGGCGCCGUAUCUUAGCUUGCACGCCACCGUCAUGAGUUUCCGUACAAAGGUACCCGGGUUCAAGGCAAAGCUAAAAUGGUUACAAGGACGGACGGACCGUUUUGGCCCUCUGGCACUGAGGUACCUUGGACUCUUGGAGGAGUCCAAGUCCUGCGAACGAUAUCCGCGCUGCAACGUCCCUUCACACUUUGCCUUUGGACACGACAAUCUUUUGAUGCUGCAAAACAGCCUAACAGGUGGUGCUUGGCGCUUGGCUCUCGGCUCUCCACGCCAUCCAUCCAUCUCAACCCCAUUCUGGUCCAGCGCGUCCUGGCCCUCGGGACACUGCCUGCCCAAGGCACUUCGCCCAGCCUCAUGUCUCUCGCUUUUCUCGCUUUCCCGCUUCGACUACCUCCUUACACACUCGGCACUGUACCUGUUUUUCUCUAGAUACCUUUCCAUCGGACUAGGCAGGGGUUCAACUCUUCUUUUCUGCGACGGCCCGCCCUCCACCAGCAAGACUGAGGUGCACUUAGCUCCAGCCUUUUCUCCUUUCGCCUUUGCUUCCAAGUUCCAACCAGACAACAGGCUUCGUUAUAUUCCGACCCUGAAUAUCCCUCCUCGCCGUUCCCUCCUUCUCUUCCACCAUUCGUCCACUCUUUUGGCUGCCUUCUUCCGGCGACACGACUACGCGCAAACCGCCAGUCUACCUUAUUCCAUCUCCCUCGAAUUCUGUAUACUUUUUCUCACAUCGAAAACCCAGCUGUUAGCUACAACUCCCUUCCACAUUUUUUGGUGUCCGGCAACAAACUUCGUUGCCAUCGCCGCCGUCGGCGCCCUUUGA